AUCGUAGCGCAAUCACCUGACGUGGCGUUUGGCGGGUGGCAACCAGGUGGCUACGCACGUCUGAUCGCUUGAUGGGCAAGACAGGGCUUGGCAGACGGGCCGUCGCGUCUUCACCCCCUUCAAACGCGUCUGAUCGUGCAAUCCAACCACCCGGAGCACCGUUGCCGCCCGUGGUUCUUUAGAGAUGCAACACGGUCGAAAUACACGCAGCAGAUGAUCAUUUUCCUCGGGCCGCUCGCGCUUCUAAAUUCGACCGCCCCCGUCUUCAUGAGCGGCGAUCCUCGGUAGUCAUGUCAGGCCCCAACGGCAGUGACUUGUUCAAAUCGCUAAAUAAGGCCCAGUCGCGCGCCGUCAGCUCCCAAGCCCCGACCGUUGCUAUACUGGCCGGGCCAGGGAGCGGGAAAACGCACACGCUCACCUCUCGCGUCGUUUGGCUCAUUGAUCAUGUGGGAAUCCGGCCGUGCGAUGUCAUCGUCGCAACCUUCACCGUCAAGGCGUCCAAUGAGAUGAAGUCGCGCAUUGGACAGGCCCUCGGUGAUGGUCGUGGAAAUAAGAUUGUGCUGGGCACCUUUCACAGCAUUGCCCGUCGGUAUCUCGCCGCCUACGGCAAGCAUAUCGGGUUAGACCCCAAAUUCGGCAUCGCGGAUGACCACGACUCGAGCGCUAUCAUCAAGCGUAUCUGUAAGAGGCUAUCCGCUCCCCUCGAGCCCGCCGUCGCCCGGGGUUGGAUCAGCAAGCGCAAGGCUAAAGGGACGUCCGACGAGCGGUUCGUCAAGGCCAAAAAUGGAAAGGAUAUCGAGUCGCAGUCCCUGGAACAAUGCUAUCAGGAAUACCAGGCUCAUCUCGAGCGGUCGAAUCUCCUUGACUAUGACGAUCUCCUUGUCCGCUGUGUCGAGCUUCUUCGGGACUUCCCUCACUGCGUCUCGAACAUCCAAACCGUGUUGAUCGACGAAUUCCAAGACACGAAUGGCGUCCAAUAUGACUUGAUGAAGCUCUUCGCCCAGAAGAAUAAGCGGAUCACGAUAGUCGGGGAUCCGGACCAGAGCAUCUACGGUUGGCGAUCCGCAGAAAUAAGAAAUCUGUAUCGUCUUCUUCGUGACUUUCCUGGGACCGACGAGAUCUCGCUGGAAGAGAAUUAUAGGUCGUCUAGUUCCAUUCUUGACGUAUCCCUCAAAGUCAUUCAGCAGGACCGGGACAGGUACAAGAAGAUCCUGCUCCCGGUUCACGAUAAAGGCGUCCGGCCCGUCUUUCGCAUGCUGAAGAGCUCUAUGACCGAGGCAGACUGGAUCGUAUCCGAGAUUAAACGUAUAAAACUGAUGUCGGGGAAUAUGGUCAAGUCUGACGACGUCGCAAUAUUGCUCCGGUCUGCCUCAUUAUCGAGGCACAUCGAGGGUGCUCUUGGGAGGGAGGGCAUAAACUACAAGAUGGUCGGUGGCUUCAAAUUCUAUGAACGAGUCGAAAUCAAGGCCAUUCUGGAUUAUCUGCGAGUUAUCAGCCAACCCGAAAACAACGACGCUCUCGCACGCAUCAUAAACGUGCCAAAGCGCGGCGUUGGCGAGGUGACGGUUAAAUCUCUCCUGGAAGAAGCUGAACGCAAUGCUAUGAGUCUGUGGGAUCUGCUCGGGAAACAUUGCCGGGGCGAACGGAUAGCAAAGACGACUAUACGGAAGCAGCCAGAACAGAAGAUCAGUGGAGGCUUGAUACGAUUAAUCACUAGCUUGCGGGUUCGUCUACGACCAAGCGAGGGGGAACCCAUCAACCUAGUCGAGCUCAUCAAUCGGUUGCUUCAAGAUUUGCAGUUCGAGAAACACCUAGAGGAGACCCACGGUCCUGAGUAUGAGUCGAAAUGGGCAAAUGUUCAAGAGUUCGUGAGCCUCGCCGAGGAGUUCAUGAAUCAGGACAAGCCCGAGGAUGACAAGCUUCCCGCUGUCGAAGAGACUGAGCAGACGCCAGAUAACGACAUCUUGGCACGAUUCCUAGCCAACAUCUCAUUAGCUUCGGAUAAACAGACUGAUAAGGACACGGAAGGGCAGCCUCAGGUUACAGUCUCUACGAUACACGCUGCAAAGGGCCUGGAGUGGCCCGUCGUCUUCGUCCCGGCGGUUUAUAAGGGAUCUAUCCCGCAUAUGCGAUCCGACGAUGAAAGCGAGGAGCGGCGUCUCCUCUACGUAGCGAUGACGCGGGCCCAGGCUCUCCUCUAUCUAAGCUGUCCCCUACAUGUCUCCAAUGGUAGUAGUGAUUCUGUUCAGAUCUCGCCCUUCAUCCAAGACCUCCCUUCUUCGACAUUCGCCAAGCAAGGACCGUCGCUUGACCGCCCUGCGAUGUUGCAGGUGGCCAAACUGUUGCGGAGGGACCUGCCCCGCGACGAUGUCAUCUACAGAGGUAUGCCGAUGAUGGCAGCCGUAGAGGAUACCCUCUUCCCGGUCGAUCCAAACGAAGCCCAAGCGCAGUCUGCCAACGGGUCCAUCCAGCGCGCUGGCCAGUUUAAACGACAGAAAAUCAACCAUAGCAGUGGCGGCCGGAUCACUGACGAGGCAGUCGACAACUGGGCCACUCCUUAUGCCACGACGAUGCAGAAAUCCAGCUCCUUCACGGUGCCGCAGCCGCCGCCAGCACAAUCUGGAUUCACGACGGCCGGCGCCCACUACGCCACCGUCACCGCCGCAGAGGCGGCAAGGAGCGUCUCCAAGCCUCCUCAGGGGGCGUCGUCAUCGUCGUCGAAACGGCCCCCGGCCAGCCGAGCCCCAACCCAGAGAAGCUUGCUGGGCUUCGGGUACGGCGUAGCGAACCACGACAGGUCGAGGCCACUCGACGACGCGGCGCUGCCGCCCAUGCCGUCGGCGCGAAGCCAGCCCCCCUCGGGCUACGCCCCCAGGCACCAACGCCAGGCGCAGCGAGGCGGGCGGGGAGGUGUCGCGCGACAGCCCCCGCAUGUGCCCCCGAGCGACCGGCCGGCCGAGCCAGGCGCGGCCGCCAUCGCCCCCAGCCUAGCGAGCCACAAGCUCGGCUCGGCGCGCCUGUCGAGCCGGCCGACGGCGGCGGGCGCAGCAGCAGCAGGCGGGGACCCGGCGCCGCCGCCGGCCACGAAGCCGAAGGAAUACGCCUGCUUCUCGAGCUCGCCGCCGCGCUCCCCCGGCGAGAAGGAGAACGCGGCGCCGUCGCCGCCGCAGGAGCCGACGCGGCCCACGCGCAGCUUCCACGCGACGACGGUGCUGAGCGCGGCGCGGCCCGCCGCCGGCGGCAUCCAGCGCCCGCUGCCCCUGACCCGCGGCGGCAUCACGCCCAUGGAUCGCCUGAAGCGCCCGUUUAAGCCGCCGACGACGGUGAGGCGGCCGGCGUGAGGAGGCACUGGACGGGGCGGAGGGAGGGGGCUGCGGCAGAGAGGGCGGUGUGAAUGUCGACCUAGAGUAGGAGGAGCGCGGCGGGUAGGCGCCGUGUAGCGUUCGCCUGGGGCGGGAAAUGAAAGACCGUCGCCGUGUGUCUGUGUAUCGGGAAGCGGGUGAGGAUUCGGGUGCGACGUCUUGAUAUGACGCGGCGAUGCCAGUUGCGCCCGAGGCCGGUAGGCGGGGUGGUCUGACGAGAGAUGUAGACGCGCAAGAUGCGCGAAGAUUAGACAUCACGGUAGAGCACGACACAAUACACACAUAUACACAGGCGAAACACAUAAAUACAUAUACGUAUACAUAUUACAUAUGCCAAAC